AAUCAAGACCACCAUAUAUCAUAACAAUAAACUGCGAAAUGGUGAACGAGAGCAAAAAAAAAUUAGGACAAGACAACCUUAGUUCCCUAUAUAUUUCUAUCCUUAAUGCGAACUUCAUUCAACUAGAAUUCGUUAUCGAUGGAUCCCAGAAACUUAUCAUUCAGUACUGCCGGGGGGGAUGUUGAUCUCCUGGAACGUCUUACGAAGCUACGUCUGUUAUUCUCUAGCGGCUCACUCAGUAACCAAGAGUACCGCUAUAUAAAAAUUCUUCUUUCUAAGGUCAACGUAGAUCUUAUUGGCGAGCUUCCAGUGGAAAUAGUAAGCCAAAUUGCACAGCUACUAGACCUCCAUGAGUUUAUUUGCUGCCUUGCCAUAUCCAGACGAUGGCGUGACAAGUUUUUAUCUCCGUCUACAAUAGGCGCUAUUACAAACAAAUAUUGUCCUUCAUUGACACACUCCGGUAAUCCAGUGAAUCUAGAUAAUUGUCUCAACACCCUUCACAAAAUAGGACGAUUGCGCUGGAAGUCUUGGCAGGCCCGUCUGACGAAGGAAUUUUCUUGGGAACAUGAAUCAUAUUUUAAGCUGGACCCUGUGUAUCACGGCGAUCACGAUAACACGUCCACCGUCUAUGCGCAAUUUGGUCACUAUAGCAAUGACCCCGAGCCAGGUGACCAGGCGUACUCGAGUGCUCUAUAUUCUCAUGGCAAAAUAGCAUGGCUUGCUAAACCCCGCAUCGUGGUAGUCGACAACUUAUGGGUACGGACGCGAAAGAUUUUUGCUAUGCCAACAGGUGCUCUCGUUGGCUUAACACUCCAGAUUCUGGCCCUUGGGAAUAGACUCGUGGUUGGCACUAUGAAUCGUAUUUUAGUCGCUUGGGACCACACAACGAACGAGUUUCUGGAAAAGAGACUACCUGGCCCCAUCAAAUAUGCUGCAACAGAAGGACCAAGGGUCGCCGUGGUCCUCUUCAAUGGGGAUGCCUUCUUAUGGGAAUUCGGCGGUAAGGUGUCGACGAUUGCAACAGCUCCUCUGAAACAACAUCAAGGACUCCAUGGACAGCCAUUGAGAUCAUGGGUGUCGAACCUUCGUGUUUUUUUCCACCCUACGUGUAGCAGAACGCUUUUCCUAGCUUCGGGCUACACCCACACUGGGUCUAAACACUCUGAAGCAAUUCUUAGGCGAGUAGUCUACGAAUUUAAGGAUAUAAAUCACACAGAAACUUUUGAGUUUGAACUCCCCACCAAAAAUCACGAUCACACAAAUCCUAUUGAUCCUAAAGUCGACAUACAAAAGGUCUUACCUUACCGCCGCGAUAUCAUCGGGUUCUGUGAGCGGCACUACCGCCCUCUAUCGAGUUUUCUAGUGCCCUACCAGUAUGAAACGUUUAUUGAAUUCGACAUCUACGAGCGACAGUUUACAGCAAGAGCCAAGGAGACGUUUGAUCUCGAAGAAUUCGGCUGGCGCGCUCCUCUGGAAGAUGCUGACUUAGACUUUGAAAUCAAGUUCUAUAGCAACGGGUUUACAGCUAUUAGCCAUCAACCGGGGUUCAAGUUUGAAAAUGGCCCAUGAUUCUUGGACAGGGAAUAUGCGAAGCACGACAGCUAUGAAAACAUCCGUCUUGCCUAUUUCCCAUGCCACGAGACGCUUUAGGUAUUUGCCUAAGCAAGCAACUCAUCUCUGAGGCAAGCUGGUUGACCAAGCGUAAUAAGACGAAACUUAUUUGAGUAAAAACUCUGGUUACUGGUAUGGGUUUGGCGGUAUACGAAUAUUUGGUGUCAUCGUAUCUCUAUGGGUCGUUACCUGGGCCCUGGUUAGCAAUAUGGGACGGCCAAUAC